AUGGGUUCAGUUAAACCAAUCAUCUACACACUACUUUUCGUGCAAGUGCUGUCACUAUUGCUCAUGGAGGCUAACGGCUUGCCAUCUGUCAUUUGCAGCAUCAAAUUAUCGGAGUUAGCAGAGUGCUUUCUAGCUAUAUCCGGUGACACGUCACCCACCGUCAUAUGUUGCAAAGUCUUGCACAAAGCUAAGUUAUCAUGCUUAUGCACCUACAAAAAAGACUUCGCUAAAUGUGGUUCAACCACUGUCACAAUGAAGAAAAAACCAGUUCGAAAAUCGAAUCCCAUUUUGAAGUUAGCAAGAGGCCUUCGUGUUUCCGACUGCGAGAUUCAAAUACGACCCAGUGACAAAGAAUGUUCCCCAGCUCCUAGAUAUAGUUCAACUAGUAAAUUCUUCACAGUCACCCUAGAAUUUGGGGGUAAAUUUGAUAUUGGGAAAAAAUAUUCUGCAUAUCUAGGUGGGAGUACAAUAAUGUUUGACUAUGUGGAUUAUGAAAGGGUCACACUUGCUGACUUUAAGUCUGUGGCAGAAUUUAUAGGGUGCAAAAAUCCUAUGAGACUGCACACAUAUGUUGGUUGUGGGAGUUUCAUGUUACUUUCAACUGAGACUGAUCUUGAGAGUGUGUGGCAAAGACAAUUUAACAAGGUUAGGGAGGUUAGUUUGUUUGUUGAAGAGCUAAGUGAAAAUACAGAAAUUGUUAAUGCACCUGAAAUUGAAAAUGAGGUUGGUGAAGAUGAUAGUGAUGAAACUUUUGAGUGGGAGAAUGAUAGUGAAGUUGACAAGUUGGAUGACAUCUUGUUUGAUGAAAAUGUGGAUGAAGUUGAGGUUGAGGUUGGGGUUGAGGCAGAGGAGGGUGAGGUUGAGGGUGAGGGUGAGAAGGGUGAGGGUGAGAAGGGUGAG